AUGGCGGUUGCCGCGGCGACGGCGGGGGCCGGGGACAGGGCGGUUGCCGCGGCGACGGCGGCGGCCGGGGAGAGGGCGGCUGCCGUGACGACGGCGUUGGGUGAUGCCUCCUCCGGUGCCCGCGUGGCCGUCGUCGUGACGACGGCGGUCGUGACGGCUCCGGCUCCGGCUCCGGGCGAGGGCAGGGACCCGGCUCCGGGUUUUCCGGCCGCGACGGAACCGCCCCGCCGCGCCACGCCCGGCAGGGAGACGCCCUUCUCCAUGCAGCUCUUCCACUCCGAGCUUUACCUCCAGCCGCUGGAGAGCCUCCAACCCCUCGACCUGGGCCACAGGGUGUUUGUGCAGGUGACCAUGACAUCCCAGGACGCGGACUUGGACUUCGGCCUGCUGUCGUGCCACGUGUCUCCGCACUCGGACCCCCUGUGGCGCCCCGCUCCGGACUCCAACCGGGGCGACGUCGGGCAGCGCGAGCUCAUCCAGUCGCUGUGCCCCAGGGACGCCAGCGUGCUCCUGUACGGCGAGCCGGCGGCGCACGGAGCGGGGCGGCCCGCGCUUACGCGGCGCCGGUUCAGUUUCCGGCUCGGAGGUGGCGGUGACGAUGGCGGUAGCGGCGGUGGCGGCAGCGGCGGCGGCGGCGGCGGCGCCGUGUUGCGGUUCCUCCACUGUUCGCUGGCGCCCUGCGUUGCCGGCGCCAGCGGCCGGAGGGCCCGGCCAGAAGGAGGAUUCAGAAUUCCCAGGUGCUUACCUUUGGACGAGGCGUGUGGCCAGGAGCGGCCGCUCUUCGACGCCCUCACCUCGGCGCCCGUCACUCCGCUCAGCGUCGCCUUCCUGCUGCUCGCCAGCGGCGCCGGGGGCCGCGGUAACUCCCGGCGCACGCACGCACAACAACAACAACAACAACCGCCAUUCAACAACAACAACAACAACCGCCGUUCGCCACUAAGUGGCGGUGACGUCACCACGACGCUUGUGCCAGGCCAUGUGCACACACACACACACACACGCAGACACACGCAGGGCAAAGAUAGUCCUGAGUAGCCUCCCAACCGAUUCCACUCGCACCGCUGGGGCCCUAGGGGGCCCUAGGGCUGUACUAGGGGCUUAGGGCUGGUACCAUGGAUAAGGAUAGGGGCUUAGGGCUGUACAAUGGUUAGGGUUAGGGGCUUAGGGCUGGUACAUGGAUAGGGUUAGGGGCUUAG